AUGCCGUCAUCCCCAACGUUCUGUCGGCAUCAGACUAUCCCCGGCCCACUAGUACAAACCAUAGCUAGCUUGAACCGACCACCUAUUACUGCUAAACCAUCUUCUUUCUACGAUGUUCCUGAUACGCCUAUUUGCCUCCGUGCGGUGGAGGUGAUUAAGAAAGAGAUUCCAGAUUGGGCUGCCAACCACUGCUUUCGCACAUAUGCAUUUGGGCUAGCUAUCGCAAACUAUGCGGGAUUCGACACAGAGCAAGCCAAAUUGGAACUCGGAUUCGAUAAAGAGCUACACUUUCUUACAUGCGCUCUGCACGAAUGGGGAAUGGGUGAGGAGGGUAUUAACCAGAGCAAGUUGUCGCUAGAGCUGUGGAGUGCCAUCAGAGCCCGCGAAUGGAUUAUCGAACAACAAAGUUCCACGCCUGAGGGGGAGAUGAGGCCAUUGCAAGAAUGGGCAGAUCUGGCGGCAGAAGCCAUUGCGCGUCAUACGAUUGAGUUCCGUGGAUUCAGCAAGACUGUCAAUAUCCACACGGCCCUCCUUACGCUUGGCUCUGGUCAAGACCUUAUGGGAUUAUCAUCCGCAUUCGUCCAUCCAGAUGAUAUCAAGCUCAUCUGCAAAAAGUGGCCACGACUUGGAUACGUCGAUGGACUUCGCGCGCUGACCAAAGAGGAAGUACGACAGAAACCUGGUUGUCUAUUUGAAGGGUGCUGGGGUGAUUUCGACCCUGGUAUGUAUUCUGUGUCGUGUUUCAAGGGGCUGCAGGGAUCCUUGACGAAGAGGGUUAGUGCACGAUUGUAA